UGCGCGGCUAGCGGUGGGGACCCGGCCCCGCAGCACCCGGGAGCCCGGGCGGGGCUCAGGUCGCUCGGGGGCGGUGCCGGUUCCCGCCCCCCACAUCCGGGGGCCGGGCUGGGCGCUGGGGCUCGCGCCGCACGGGUGAGUCAGGCCGGGUUUUCCCUCCGUCUCUGGGGCCAGCCGACGAGUGUCGCCCAGUGCGUCCUUUGCCCGCCGAUCCAGCUCCCGCGCGUUCCCGAAGAGCCUGGGAAGGGAAAGGUUCGAGACCGAGCUGGGGACUGCAGCGCGCCCUAGGAUUCACGGCGCCAGCAUGCCUUCCUGGGCGCAGUUCCACCGGGAUGUCCAACCUGUCUUCUCUGCCGCCUUCCCGGGGACACCACUCAGCUGCCCUCACCCUCAGGGUACCCUUUUCCUGCCUCAGCCCCCUACUGUGUCUGGUCCUCACCUGGGGACCUGCGAACAGGGGACGUCCCGAGAUCUGGGACUCCGUUCCAGUCCUGACUUUAGCCUUUAACAAAAAAUCAGCUGCCCGCGCCCUGUUGAACCUUCAUGGCCACAACCUCAGGCCCUGCUGGCAUUGCCAUGGGCAGCGUAGGCAGCCUGUUGGAACGGCAAGACUUUUCCCCUGAAGAACUUCGGGCCGCACUGGCUGGCUCCCGGGGCUCCCGGCAGCCCGAUGGGCUCCUCCGGAAAGGCUUGGGCCAACGAGAGUUCUUCAGCUACCUGCAUCUCCCCAAGAAAGAUGGCAAGACCACUAAGCGAGCUCCUCGGAACGAGCCAGAUUAUGCCACCCUCUACUACCGGGAGCAUCCUCGGGCUGGUGACUUCAGCAAGACCUCCCUGCCUGAGCGGGGUCGCUUUGACAAGUGCCGAAUCCGUCCUUCUGUGUUCAAGCCUCCUGUGGGCUCUGGGAAAGGCUUCUUGUCCAUGCAGAGCCUGGCAGCCCACAAGGGCCAGAAGUUGUGGCGAAGCAAUGGCAGCCUGCACACUCUGGCCUGUCACCCACCCCUGAGCCCUGGGCCUCGGGCCAGUCAGGCCCGUGCGCAGUUGCUUCACGCUCUCAGCCUAGAUGAAGGUGGCCCUGAGCCCAGCCUGUCGGACUCUUCCAGCGGGGGUAGUUUUGGCCGUAGUCCAGGUACUGGCCCCAGCCCCUUCAGCUCCUCCUUGGGCCACAUUAAUCACCUUGGAGGCUCCCUGGACCGUGCUCCAAGGAGCCCCAAGGAGUCUGGACCUCUGGCGGUCCUGAGCUGCUUGCCCGAACCACCUCCCCCCUACGAGUUCUCCUGCCCCUCUACUGAAGAGGUCGCUGUGUUGCCUGAGGCCUGUGAGGAGCUCAAGAGGGACCUCGGUGACCAGGAUGUUUCUAACUCCUUUACUCAGGUGCUAGAGGAGCGCCAACGGUUGUGGUUGUCUGAGCUGAAGCGGCUGUACGUGGAACGACUCCAUGAGGUGGCCCAGAAAGCUGAGCGCAGCGAGCGCAACCUCCAACUGCAGCUGUUUAUGGCCCAACAGGAGCAGCGGCGCCUGCGCAAGGAGCUUCGGGCUCAGCAGGGCCUGGCCCCAGAGCCUCGGAUCUCUGGGUCCUCCGUGGAGGCUGACCCCAAUGCUCGGCCAGAGGAAGAAGCCCGAUGGGAGGUGUGCCAGAAGACCGCGGAGAUCAGUCUGUUGAAACAGCAGCUUCGGGAAGCCCAGGCGGAGCUGGCACAGAAGCUGGCAGAGAUCUUCAGUUUGAAGACGCAACUUCGGGGCAGCCGGGCACAAGCCCAGGCUCAGGAAGCUGAGCUAGCCCGGCUGCGGGAGGCAGUGCACAGCCUGCAGGAGCAGGCACCGCGGGAGGAAGCCCCAGGCAGCUGCGAGACAGAUGACUGCAAGAGCAGAGGACUGCUUGGGGAGGCAGGAGGCAGUGAAGCCAGAGAAGGGGCUGAUCAGCUGAGGGCAGAGCUGCUGCAAGAGCGGCUUCGGGGCCAGGAGCAGGCUCUGCGCUUUGAGCAGGAGAGGCAGACUUGGCAGGAGGAAAAAGAGAGGGUGCUCCGCUACCAGCGAGAAAUCCAAGGGAGCUACAUGGACAUGUACCGCCGCAACCAGGCACUUGAACACGAGCUGCGGCUGCUGCGGGAGCCUCCUACAUCCUGGAGUCCCCGGCUGGAGUCCUCCAAGAUCUGAGGCUCGCCAAGUGUGCUGAUAGCGGGCAUACUGUCAGAAGAUACCCUGAGAUGGCAGGCUCCUCCCUUGCACUGGUUGGAGGCAGAAUCUGUAGAGGCCAGAUCAGGGAUGGGACGCCUGCCCCGUGGAGGGCUCCAGCGGGCAAUGGGAUGGAUAGGGUACCUGCUCCCGAAGCUGUGGCAAAGUCUUGCUAGCAGCGAACCACACCCAGGGAGGGUCUAGCCCUGCUUCCAACAGUGGGUGUGGCCCGGUAAAGUAGGUUGGAGCCGUCCAAGCUUCAGCCCCACGAUGCAGAAGGGCAGGAGAGGAGGAGGGUGGCAUGUGACCUGGCCUGAGGUCUUCCUCCAUGGAAGGAGCCAGGGGUGGGAAGAUUGGCCACCUCCAGAAUAAAAAGCACGUUUUUUAUGAGGAGGCCUAGUUGAUAAGAUUGUCCUUGGCCCGAGGCCAGAGGCUCCUGGAUGGUCAGUGCUCCAGGCCUUGGACCUAGGCUGUAGUUCCUUCUAUGGUCCCAACAAUGGAAAGAAUAUACCCCGUUUGCAGUCUCUGGUCUUAUGUGUUUGAGAAUGGAGGAAUGUUAUUCCUUGCUUCCAUACCCCCACAGGCCUUAGCUGCUGUGUGGGCUGCAAGUGCUUUCUUCGACACCAUCAGAUGUUUGAGAAGAAACAAUGCCAGGGGAAACAAAAGGAUUGGUCGACAGGCAUUUGCAGAAUAUGAAGUGUUUUUCUGGUGGGAUGUCUGGACCCUGGGUGCCCAGGCAGCUGCUGGGUUUGGAGCCAGCUCAAGACAACUUCCUCUGUAAUAUGUAAAAGCUCCCGUGGGCUCUGCCACCUCCAGCUGUGGUGUGCCCCUCCCUCCAUGGCAUGGGGGCCAGAGGCAGGUUCAGGAACUCUGGUCAUUUCCAGGAUUAGCGGUAGAGGCCUGUGGGGUAUUUUAUCUUGCAUUAGUACUGCUUUGUGUUCUAGAAAGAUCUGGGGAAAGAGUCCCUCAUUCUGUACCUGGUCUCCAAGCUGACAUUUUAAAUCUCUGCUUCCAGCUAAAGCUGAUCCCAGGUCCCUGAAACACUCAGACACCCCUACCUUAGCAGUGGCGAGCAUCCUAUGGGCUUUGUUCCCUUUGAGCUAGGGAUGGAUGCAGCUGAUAUCUCCUUUGCCUACCACCUACCUU